AUGAUGGGAACCUCUACUAGACACCGUCUGUCAUUCCGAGCCUUCGUGGCGAAGCAAAUCCAACAACUUCUUGUUCUCUGUAUCGUGUGCGUUGCACUAUAUGUUUCGCUCAACAAACUUACAAAUGUGUCACCUGAGCUUCUUCUGGAAUCGAACAAGUUUCCACGAAAGAUCUGGCAAUCCUGGAAGGUCGACCCAACACGAUUCGAGACCAGAGAUGUUGAACGAGCCAGGACUUGGACGGUCAAGAAUCCGGGUCAUCGAUACGAAGUCUUGACAGACGACAACGCCGAUCACUAUGUGGAACAUCAUUAUGGACCACUGGGACUGAACAGACCCGACAUAAUCAGCGUAUACAAAUCGCUGAACGCCAAGAUCAUCAAGCAAGAUCUGCUGCGGUAUCUUAUCAUGUACGUCGAAGGCGGUUUGUACGCCGAUAUCGACGUGGAAGCUAUCAGGCCUAUCAGAAAGUUCAUUCCUGUAAUAUACGACGAAGCCGAGGUUGAUAUGGUCAUCGGGAUUGAGGUUGACGAGCCGAGUUUCGCCUCUCACCCAGUCCUAGGUUCCAAAGCGCAAUCGUUUUGCCAAUGGACCUUCAUGUGUAAACCAAGACUAUCCGUCAUGAUGCGCUUGAUCGAGAACAUCAUGAAGUGGCUCCACGAACUGUCACGGAAACAGGGCAAGCCGAUCUCAGAGCUUCACCUUGAUUUCAACGAAGUUCUGACUGGAACCGGUCCUUCAGCUUUCACAAAAGCAAUACUCGCAGAGAUGUCAAAGACCGUUGGCAAGACCGUAUCCUGGAGCAGGUUUACCGAUCUUACAGAGGCAAAGCUCGUCGGGGGUAUCUUGGUCCUGCCUGUGGAAGCAUUUGCUGCUGGGACAGGCCAUUCGGAUUCGGGCAACCACAAAGGUAGAGGCGCAAUGGUGAAACAUCAUUUCCACGCUUCAUCCUGGCCAUCGAACCAUCCUCGCUUCAAGCAUCCCGUGUAUGGCGAGGUAGAGAGAUGCAAUUGGGAUAUGGAAUGUGUGAAGCUGUGGGAUGCCAAUACGGCAUUCUUCGAUGGCCUUCCCGAAGAGGAGCGUCUGAAGAUCAUCAAGAUCAAAGAGNNCAAGAGCCAUGGGACCAUCUGUUCCNNACAACCAGUAGCGCAAGAUGUGUCUGUCAAUGAAGUAGCGAGAGCCGAAGAAAAAGUGUCUCCAGCAGACUCACUUGCAGACACGUCGUCGGGAGAGUCUUCUCCAGAGGAUCUCAUCGCACAUCCGGAUACCGCUGAAGACUCGACACCUCUCCAAGUAUCGUCUGAUACAAAUCCUCCGGUCGAUCUAAAGCUGUUGGAUCCAUCGCUUCAGGGAUCUCAAGUCGAGCAUUUGCCCAUGGAGGACUCCGUGUUACCAGCGGAGGUUGUGGCGCCAGCGCCAAACCAGAAUCACCUUGAGAUAAGAGUUCUGGACACGAGACAAAUAGAAUACAGCGACUCAGAGUUGACGCCAGGAUUGACUCCAGGUCUGGAUCUGUCGUGA